GCCACCCAGCCAAUGAGAGGCCGUCUCUUUCCCCGGCCGCUCAGCCCGUGAUGCUGAAGAAUGUAAAUGUUGAGCCUUCCUCUUCUGUCAUCUCCUCAUUUUACAGACUCACGAUCAUGUCCACGUCAACACGAAACCACACAACGGAUCAACGUGAGCGGCACGUCACCAUGUGAUUGACAGGUGCGGUUUUCUGUUUUUGUUUCUCUCGCUGCUUGAAAACAGAUCGAGCUCACAAAGGUUCGAUCCCCCAGCGAAGGUCUAUGUAGACAACUUGGACAUUGCAGUGCUGGAGAGUGGAAUAUUAGCAUGAAGGGCCCCAGCUCCAGAUGGGCCUUCUCCCUGGGCUUCCUGGUGGGAGCCUGCAGCAUCUACUUCUUCCUUCACCAGGUGUGGUUUGAGAGGAGCUACCCUGUGCUGUCGGAGGCUCAGGAGCGGGCCACAACUGUCGGGGAGACACCAACGAGUUGGAGGAAAGAGGGAGCCGCUCUCUUCAGCCUGCUCCACCCUCAACAUGCAGAUGAAGACAGCAGGGUGGCAGAUGUGUUGUACCAGAAGAUCCGUAUUCUCUGUUGGGUGAUGACAGGGCCGUAUAACCUGCAGAGUAGGGCCUACCAUGUCAGGGCCACCUGGAGUCGCCACUGCAACAUGGUGGUGUUCAUGAGCUCCGUGAAGGACACCGACUUCCCCACUGUGGGACUGGGCACUAAAGAGGGCCGUGACCAGCUCUACUGGAAGACAAUCCGAGCCUUCCAUUAUUUGUACGAGCACCAUGCAGAUGAAGCUGACUGGUUCUUAAAGGCGGACGAUGACACCUAUGUAGUGGUGGACAACCUGCGCUGGAUUCUGUCCAACCACACCCCCGAACAGCCUAUUUAUUUUGGUAAACGCUUCAAGCCUUACACCAAGCAGGGCUACAUGAGCGGAGGAGCAGGUUAUGUGCUCAGUAAAGAGGCCCUCAGGAGAUUUGUGGAAGGCUUUCGGACCAAAGUUUGCACACACACCACCCCUGUAGAAGACCUAGCACUUGGGCAGUGUUUGGAGAAGAUGGGCGUCCUGGCUGGUGACUCCAGAGAUACUUUGCACAGAGAAACUUUUCAUCCAUUUGUGCCAGAGCACCAUCUAACUAGCAAGUUCUCCAAGAGCUUCUGGUACUGGAGCUAUUGUUACUAUCCAAUCGUUGAGGGUCCACAGUGCUGCUCUGACCUGGCAGUAUCGUUCCAUUAUGUGGAAGCAGAGCUGAUGUACACACUGGAGUAUUACACCUACCACCUGAGAGCGUACGGCUACAGGCCACGCUAUCAGCCGUCGCUUCGCCGGGGUCUUAGCCUCGGUACCCUCGCACAGCCCGCUGUGACGUCAGGAUUUAAAGGAGCUCAAGAGGUGACUGCUGGAAGGUCUCACACGACUGCAGCCUUUUCUGUCAGUGGCAACCAAACCAAAGUGAAGAUGGAGCCAGAAGAAGGCAGGAGAGACCAUCAGAACUCACAACUCACUGAGAACAGGACGACAGUCUCACACGACAGAAAACACUGAUCCUGUGUUUAACUCUAAUGUGUCUGAUUGAAUGUAGAGACACUUGUUUCUACUUGUACUCAGUGAUCUGGCUUCCACGUCUGUGCCAGAGAGUGUAUGACCACAGCCAGUAUGACACUGUAAGCCCUUGGCACAGUCUUAUUCAGUGGCAGCUGCAAAUGGCUGAGCUAUUUUCAAAGAAGAUAAACACUUUGUUUAGAUUAAUUAAACCUGACAUGUUUGAAUUAUUGACACGACACAGUCAUAGAUGUGUGCUUGGGGCGAUGCAGGAUAUUUUCAUCUGUUUCAUGUGGGGGCCAAUAAGGCAGUGAUGGAUGUCAGAAAUAUUUUUUUAAUAUCAUUAAUUAUUUAUUUAUUUCUGUAAAUGGAGAACAGCAGCGAAGUAUUUAGCCUCUUACGGACACUUUGCUUUUCUGAUGUUAAAUUUGACAUUCUGGUGUUACUGUUACUGCUUAGAUGUUUAAAGGGAUAGUUCACCCAGAAAUGAAAAUUCACUCAUUAUCUACUCACCACUAUGCCGAUGGAGGGGUGGGUGUUUGAGUCCACAAAACACAUUAGGAGUCUCAGGGGUAAAUAGUGUUUCAGCAGAAUCCAAUACAAUUGAAGAAAUUAGUGACCAAAGCUUCAGACAUAAUAAAACAACAGAAAACCUGCCUCCAUACAGCUUGUGUGGUGUCAUCCAAGUGUGCACAAGCCCUGACAUUCAUCAUAGGUCUAAAGCCUUGGUCACUAAUUUCUUCAACCUCUCCAUCAGCAUAGUGUUGUGUAGUAAUCGGGUGAAUUUUCAUUUCUGGGUGAACUAUCCCUUUAAA